CACAUUGGGAGUUUGACAACGUUCGUAGGGUAGCGAGACAACAUAACAGUGCCUUCAAAUAGGGCUACACAGCGUAGUCUUUGUGAGGCAAUAGGUGCUAACGCUUGUACAUGACUUCAACUAGUAUAAGCUAUUGUUUAGGCACCAAGGGAGCUACUGACUACAUCAUAGCAAGGAUGCCCAACACACUACAUUACAUGAACAUCCAAUUCAGACGGGAGAAUGGGGACACCAUCUUUGAGAAAACCGUUGACCUUCCUGGAAUUGAUGGAAUAGAACACCAACUAGGUCACAUCAAAAGGUACUACAGGACGUUGCCCCUGGUCACCAAUGUCCCCUGCCCACAGUUCUGGCCCACUGCCACCAACACACCCUGCGAACAACAUUGGCCAUCCAUCUCACACACACCCUGCCCACUACAUUGGCCAGCCGCCUCAAACUUACUCCACCCACAUGAGUGUCCAACAGGCACCACGCCCUGUCUACAACACUGGCCAACUAGAGGCAACGUCUUCGUUCCACGACAUGGCCAACCGGCCUCCAAUAGACCCUGCCCACACCAUUGGCCAUCGGACGUGUUCAUACAAGAUGGGCCAUCGGCCUCCAACAGACCCUUCCCACAAGAUGGGCCAUCGGCCUUAAACAGAACCUGCCCGCAAGAUGGGCCAUCGGCCUUAAACAGAACCUGUCCGCAAGAUGGGCCAUCGGCCUCAAACAGACCCUGCCCACAAGAUGGGCCAUCGGCGUUAAACAGACCCUGCCCACAAGAUGGGCCAUCGGCCUUAAACAGAACAUGCCCGCAAGAUGGGCCAUCGGCCUUAAACAGAACCUGCCCGCAAGAUGGGCCAUCGGCCUCAAACAGACCCUGCCCACAAGAUGGGCCAUCGGCCUUAAACAGAACCUGCCCGCAAGGUGGGCCAUCGACCUUAAACAGAACCUGCCCGCAAGAUGGGCCAUCGGCCUCCAACAGACCCUGCGCACAAGAUGGGCCAUCGGCCUUAAACAGACCCUGCCCACAAGAUGGGCCAUCGGCCUCCAAUAGACCCUGCGCACAAGAUGGGACAUCGGCCUUAAACAGACCCUGCGCACAAGAUGGGCCAUCGGCCUCAAACAGACCCUGCCCACAGGGACCAUCGGCCUCAAACACGCCAUCACCACAAGAUCCGCCUCCAGCCACCAACAGACCUUGCCCAAUCCACUGGCCAGUGACCUCCAACGGCCCGUGCCCCAAGGACUGGCUGAUCCUGUACUACGGGCUCCUGUUCUCCACCUUACAGGCCGACCUGGAGAGCAUGAAGCUGUACCUGGACACGGGAAUCAUGCUGACUGACCUGGGCCGCAGGUUUAGCCCCGCCCUCAUGUGUGCUGCUAUCAACUUUGGCACCGUAGCUGUAAAACUGCUGGUAGAGUAUGGCGCUAUAGAGAACUUUAAGGGCCACUUCCAUCUGUACGUCCUGUGUCUCCUGCCCACGGUGCCCAGAGGUGUCUUCGACGUCUUCGCCAGGGCUGGUAAAGGCUGCAUGAGCGAGCUGGCCUGCUUCAACAUGUUCAGCUCCGACUACUUUGAGGAGCUGACCAGGUCACACGAAGCCAUGGACACCUUCGUGCCGGACAAGUUGCAGGAACUGCAGGAGUUGGUCUCUCAGCCCCUGAGCUUGUUCACGCUGUCCAGACAGGCCGUUGUCCGGCGCCUGAGACCCAUGCCGGCCCGGAGAGAUCAGGUCCGGACACUGGGUGUGCCACGGCUGAUCCAGAACGAGCUGUGUGACGUGGACUUUAUGGAGCUGGUGGAGCCGGAGUUUAGGAGCUUUGUGGUGUAUGAGGUGAUGGAGAGGAGCUGGUGCUAUCGUGGUGCCAGAGUCGCGGUCUGCCGGGAGAAACUAAUUUAGUGCCAUCUGUCUUGUUGGUUUAACAUGUCUUGUUGGUUUAACCAUGUCGUGGUGGUUUAACCAUGUCUUGGUGGUUUAACAUGUCUUGCUUGUUUAACCAUAUCUUGCUGGUUCA